UAAAAGUUUGACCGAGCAACUUUCAAGCGUAGCUGAGUAGCAGUCGACAUUUUCAGGUAUAUUUAUGUUAGUGCAGAUAUUUCAGCAGCUCAUUUAAUUAAAUCAAACGGAAUUUAAAGUCCGCGGUCGUCGUUUCUCAGGGGGAAUGUUUUUGAUGUGACACAAGGCACGGUUGAAAGUUGAAGGGGAAUAUGGCAGCCGGCACCAGUGCUAAACAUGGGUUGUUAAGCGGUAAAACAUCGCUGUACCACGCCCUUCACAGAAAGAUAUCACCCACCAGUGUUUGCUUACAAAGAGCGGCCGGAAUACAGAGUGUGAGAGCGGCAACCAGCGCGACAUUAGACUCACAGCACAAUGAGAAGUACUGUCUGGAGCUGGUCAGGUCCAGAGACUAUGAUGGCUUUGUGUGCUCCCUCCUCCUCCCAGAGGAGGCGCGUCGCUCCUCUCUGGCCCUGAGAGCCUUUAAUGUGGAGCUGGCACAGGUGAAGGACUCAGUUUCCCAGAAGACCAUUGGUCUGAUGCGGAUGCAGUUCUGGAAGACGGCCAUAGAAGAAAUCUACAGAGAUGAGCCUCCAAACCAGCCUGUCACCACUGAGCUGUGGAGGGCGGUGAGGAAACACUACCUGACGAAGAGAUGGCUGCUGAAGAUCAUAACAGAAAGAGAAAAGGAUAUGGACGACAGAGCCUACAGGAACCUUCAGGAGCUGGAGACGUAUUCAGAGAACACGCAGUCCUCCUUAAUCUACCUGCUGCUGGAGUGUUUAGGUUUGAAAAAUGUCCACGCAGACCACGCGGCGAGUCACAUCGGUAAAGCUCAUGGGAUCGUGACGUGUCUAAGAGCGACUCCUUAUCACAGCAGCCGGCGGAAAGUCUACCUGCCCAUGGACAUCUGCAUGCUGCACGGGGCUUCUCAGGAGGACUUCAUCCGCCGCAGCCGGGAGCAGAACAUCCGGGACGUCGUGUACGACAUUGCCAGUCAGGCUCAUGUACAUUUACAACACGCGCGAUCAUUUAGCCACAGCGUCCCAGCAGCUGCUGCUCCGGCUUUCCUCCACACGGCUGGCGACGCCUGAUGUGUCCUGAGACCCACGGACGUCUCACAGUCCAGUCCUGUUCUACCUCCAGCCCAGUGAUGAGUCACCACCUUCAGCCUCCCGCACCGUGCCUCUGCAGAGCCAUACUGAUGCUGCUGCUGCUGCUGCUGCUGCUGUUGUUGUUUACAAUGAGAGCAUGCAUUAGAAAACAUUAAAGGCCCACUGGUCACUAAUGACAGUCCCCGCUGCACAAAGAGGCCAGAGCAGAACGACUGCAGCUUUUGUAGCAGCUGAGCUGUGUCUGUGGGAACAACACGAACUCUGAGAUGAGAAGAGUUUGUGGAGGAUCACUUUCUCUCUUUGUGCUCGUUGGCUUCCUUUGGAGUGAUUCUCAUUGGUGAGUACAAAGAGCAUAUCAGCAUCAUUCAGACGUCUCUGUAUGUUAGAGUCCAUUUACUUUAAAGAAUGUGCUUUGCAUUAAGAAACAUUUUUCAAAGGACGCAUCAGUAUCUGUCCACAUUUCUGUGGACCAUCUUUAAAAGCAUGUUGUGUAAAUGGACGUUCUAUAAAACAGA